UUAAGACUCUUCAGUCGCAUCGGUCUCGUUUGGAUUAGACACCUGUUUAUUCAUCCCAGGAAAAGGGUUUCUAGCUGGGUUUUUUUCUUCUUUAGUACCUGCCAUUCUCAGUCAACAUGGGGAACUGUUUAACUGUGGGGCCAAAUGAAGCGCUGGUGGUAUCUGGUGGUUGUUGUGGCGCAGACACGAAGGCCUACAUCGUGGGAGGCUGGAGUUGGGCGUGGUGGUGUUGCUCAAAUACGCAAAGGUUGACUCUCGAGAUCAUGACUCUGCAGCCGAAAUGUGAGGAUGUGGAGACAGCGGAGGGAGUAGCCAUCACUGUCACAGGCGUUGCUCAGGUAAAAGUCAUCACAGAACAGGACUUGCUGGCGGUGGCUUGUGAACAGUUUCUGGGUAAAUCUGUGACGGCGAUCAAAUCUGUCCUUCUGCAGACUUUGGAGGGACAUCUGCGCUCUAUUCUGGGGACUUUAACCGUGGAGCAGAUCUACCAGGACAGGGACCGGUUUGCUAAACUCGUCAGGGAUGUUGCAGCUCCUGAUGUGGGCAGGAUGGGCAUUGAGAUUCUGAGCUUCACUAUAAAGGAUGUCUAUGAUAAACUGGAUUACCUCAGCUCCCUUGGCAAGAGCCAGAUCGCUGCUGUCCAGAAGGAUGCAGACAUCGGUGUAGCCGAAGCAGAAAGGGAUGCAGGGAUACGGGAGGCAGAAUGCAAGAGAGAGAUGAUGGAUGUGAAAUUUCUGGCCGACACCAGGAUGGCUGACUCCAAACGAGAACUGGAUCUGCAGAAAGCUUCAUUCAAUCAAGAAAUUAAUACGAAGAAAGCAGAGGCUCAACUCGCUUAUGAGCUGCAAGCAGCCAAGGAGCAGCAGAAGAUCAGACUGGAAGAAAUAGAGAUCCAAGUGGUGCAGAGGAAGAAGGAGAUCACCAUUGAGGAGAAAGAGAUUGUCCGCACAGACAAGGAACUCAUUGCUACGGUCAAGAGGCCCGCUGAGGCUGAGGCCUACAAAAUAGAGCAGCUGGCUGAGGGACAUAAGAUAAAGGCGGUGCUGAUAGCCCAGGCUGAAGCAGAGAAGAUCAGAAAGAUUGGUGAGGCAGAAGCUUCCUCGAUCGAGGCGGUGGGAAAGGCAGAGGCUGAGAAGAUGAGGCUGAAGGCUGAGGCCUACCAGCAGUAUGGAGAAGCAGCCAAGACGGCCCUGGUCCUGGAGGCCCUCCCCAAGAUUGCUGGAAAGGUGGCCGCACCGUUAGCCAGAACAAAUGAGAUCGUCAUUCUUGGUGGGGAGGGCAGCCGUGUGACGGGGGAAAUUAACCGUCUGUUGGCAGAGCUUCCCGUGUCCGUCAAUGCUCUGACCGGAGUGGAUUUAUCAAAGCUCCCUUUGCUGCAGAAGAUGACUGCUUCUUAAGCCUGAAAACCGAAGACUCUACAUGACUCCAGUCUCUGUCGUAUGCACUCUCAUAGACUGCCUUUAUUACACUUGAAGAUUUUUGUUAUUUUCUACGUAUAUUGUUUUCUUUUAUCUUUUUUUUUUUUUCCAAGUAAAUAUGGAAACCUCUGGUGCCUUAAUUUAUACAGGACCAGAAAAUCUGCAUGCACUGCUGCUCAUUCAUAAAUUAUCUUUUAAUUUGAACAUGGAAAGAAGAUGUGUUUAUAAUAUGUUGUAUUUAAUUUGUAUUUAUUUCUCUGUAUGCAUGUUGUAUCACCAGAGAGCUAAUAACUGUGAUGGCUUACUACCUGCUUGCACUCACCCAGGUCAUGUGCACUGUCGUAAAGCUGUGACAGCGGUGCGGAGCUUCAGCCCUGGGGCUCCGCUUUGUCAUAAGAAAGGUUUUUUGUUGUCACUGUGUACACUCAGUAUGUUGCAGGCCUUUCUAUUAAUUUAAAUACCUCUCUCUUUUGAGACACACCUGAAUUUGAUAGAUAAUCUGAUUUAUAUUUUUUUUUGUUCAGUUGAUGUUUCCUGUAUAUAUUGUAUUAUAUAUUUGUCAGAUGUUCUUUUAUGGUUCAGUAGCUGAUUUUCCACGGACAAAAGGUGCUUGAAAUCUUGAAGAAAAAAAAAAAAACGAAAAAAAAAUGUUACAAUGUCUUUUCCCGUCUGCAAAAUUUUAUCUCUUCUCCUCUAAAAGACUUUUCACAGUCGAACGAUAUCAGAUAUUUUACUUUUUGUUACUAUUUAUAUAAGGAUAAUAAAACGGGUAGCCAGUUCUAAUUUUGUCCGAUGUGGUUAGAUUGCUAUGUAGUUUGAUAUUCAGCUUGUUGCGAGCUUUGGCUUUGAUUAAGACUUUAAAAAUAAAGAGAGAGAAAGAGAUUUUCAGAGUUAAAAAAAUGAUUGGCUUUGAGUUGUAUCAAAUAUACGGUAGUGGAAAAAGAUUUAAUUGAUUUGUAUAAAUGAAAAGCCAAAUAGACUUGACUUGUAAUUUUUACUGUACCACAAAGGGAGAGACUAAAAUCUUAGUUUAAAUUCACGCUACAGUUACCUGUAGAUGCAAAGCCAUGUUCAGCGAAGUGUCAAUAAACCAAAUUUUGAUGUUUUAGAGAACCACACUAUUUUUGUUUGAUGUGUGUACAUAGAUGCAUUGAUAUCUUUCAUUAACUUGCAUCAAAUACACUGAAACGUUUUAGCAGAACGGCGAAGCUGCUAUUUGAUUCUGAUGCUUUGUUGUUUUUGAAUCAGAUUCACUGUUUGUUGUUGUUUUUUUUAACUGAGAAGCGGGUUAGCAGGUGCAUUAACGUGAAUACGACAUGUUGACCCCUCUCAAGACUCAUCUCAUUAUUUAUUUCAGACAAAUGUUUUCUGUUUGACUGAGUCACUCUGAGCAUACUGAAGAACUUAUAGAAGACUGUUAUUACUGCUGUUAAAGCUUUCUGUGUAUCAUCCCUCAUCUUAAAUUUAUAUCUACUCUGUAUGUCGGAAAGUUCCUGUAUGCCUUUUUGCAUGUCAUUCAUCUGUAUGCAGAAUAACAUGUUCACUGUUAGCAACCAUACUAAUAAAUAAAACUGCCAUAAAUUGUCUUUUGCAACUCCUAUUCUGCAAAGCUUUGGAUCCCCCCUUUAAAUAAGUGUUUCUUGAUCUUCUCUCUAAAGAUAAAAAUGGAUAAAGGUAGGAAUAGACAAUUAAGUUAUUUUCAGCAUGUAAAAUAGUAUCCACUAACAUUUCAUCUCUUUAGUUCAGAUUGUAGUUAAAGGUGUAAAUUCUCCCUUAAUGGUUUACAUUUUAUAUCAGUUCUGCAGGUAUUUUGCUUAUAUAUGUGGACAAUAGAAAUCUGAUUUGACUAUUUAUAGGGAGGUUAUAACAUGUCUUUUCUUAAAGGACUGAAAUCAUUGUUUCCUCAUCAUUGACUAACUUGAAACCAGCUUGAAACUUGAUUGUGUUGAUUAUCUGAAAUAUAUCUACUGCCAAGUGCUUGAAAGUAGUUCAUAAAAAAUAAAUGUAAUUCAGCUUUACUAGUGAAAGAAAUUAUUUGUACUGAUAUCAAACUAAUCCCACUGAAUGUGCUGUCUGCUAAUCUUCCCUGCUUGUGUGAAAAUAAAGUUGUUAUCAACUACA